AUGGCCAGAUUAUCUCUGGCCCAGGAUCCGGAACAGCAGCCUCCGCCAGCUAUUCACAGCCCUGGUGUGAUCCGCGUAGAUAUAACGGCCAAGUUUGCCGCCGCCACCAAGUCUUUGGAACCGGGGGAGCUAGUUAAGGAUGGCUUCUUUACACUGUUCGAGUCUGUCUCGGCUCUCGAGAUAAUGGAUCCAAAAAUGGACAGUGGCUGCGUCGCCCCAGGGGAGAAAUUUGAAGAGGAAUACGAUGUAUCGCGCAAGCUGCUCCCGGAGGAGGUUUUGGGCAUAAUCGAUGAGCUCGUCUGCCAUGAGAUUUCAUGGCACCUUGGCUAUCCAUUGGCCCAGACGCUAUUCACCAGCGUCUAUGUCGAGGCACUUUCAAUGCCGGACCCUGCCAACAUUGGCGAGGCACAUUUUGUGAGGUCCGGUACCUCCGGCAGCAACACUGAGCCUAUGCUGCAGAUCCUCCGUGCCUACUGCCUGGGCAUGCUUAAAGCUUGCAGCCAUGUCAACGAGCACAUCAAGCUGGAACACUUUUAUGAGGAGGAGGAUUUUGUCACAAAUACAUACAACCGCACUCUACUUCGAAACAUAUCAACACGCAACAUUCACUCGGCCCUCCGCGAAGCAGAAGGGCUUUUGGGCCUGUUGAAAGACGAAGUAUCCAGUGAUAUCCUCCAAGGACUGUCGGCUCGCUUAAGUCUGCGACGCAUAUUUCUCGAGGCUACAGAAUCACUAGAGAUGACACAAGAUCUUACCAAAACACAGGCGCCGUGGAUCGAAGCUGCCAACGUACUCCCCAUCAUUGAAAAGACGCACAUCUUGGCCCGAAGUGUCGAUGAGGCCUUUUCAGCCAAACUACAGCGAAAACUCGCCAGCACCAUGCCCCCGCGCCCAAUCGUGCAGCUCGAUUUCAAGGAGGCUUUCGCGCAUCUCUCACGCAUGUUUGAGGAUGGUGCCGAGGUAGUCAAUGUUCUCAAGUAUACCGAUUCCCAGUGUCUCUUGACAUUUAUAUCAACGUUUCAAGCCAAGAAGCCUCAGCCACUCGUAUUCGUGAGAACUCUCUUGCAGUCGUUCCUAUUCAACGAAAUGCAGGUUCUAGGACGCAUGAGCAUUCGACAGCUCCUCGACGACGAUUUAUCUAUCCUCACGCUCCCCGCCAGCCCGCUUCUUGCGCGCAGCAACGACGAUAUCGAGGUCGUUCAUGAUGUCCGCUUCGUAAUGUCACAGCAAACGGAACUCUUUCGCCAACGCGCUGCGCAACCAUUUGUGGAUAUUCUUCGGACAUUUUGUCAGAAUCGGUGUCGUGUUCGCCGCACGCUUUGCCACCUUGUAAACGAGUGGGAGAACUUACAGUUCGACGCCGAGGACAUUGACCAGCUCCUGCAAGUCAAGACCAAGGAGCGACCCAUUCUUCUAGAACCCUCCAUGAUGAGUAGCUCAGAUCAAACCAUUGAGUCAUACUCACUCCCGCUCUCCUCGUGGACCUACUUAUAUAAGCUGCGUCUCAUGGAAAUGAUUGUCCAGCUCGGCUUCGAGUUGGGGGUCUACCAACCGGAUGAGCACCUUGGCAUGUACUGGUACCUCAGUUACCUCGCCAAGACGCGCUUGCAGCAUGUGGAGCGGAUCAAGUCGUUUAUCAUCCACCGUGUCGACGAAGCGCGCGCCUUGCCCUCCGAGGAUCCUGACGUGGAGAAGCAGCUCCAGCGUGCUCUUGCCUCCACGCGCCUUACACUUAUUGACGCUGCUGUGACCUGGGAGCUGUCUGUCGCGCUCGCAUGCCUGUACGCUGUCCUCGCGCGUCAUGGUCUCGUGCGUACACCUACCCGGCCCUACAGUAACGACGAGUUCCGCUACGACCUGCGCAUGAAGCCCUUUUCCUCCAUUGGCUUGCCCUCGCUUCCUACAUUUGAAGAAUUCACAACGGGCUCACAGCAGCUGGAUACAUCCUCAGAGGAGCUCCUGGUCUAUGGCGAGCGCGCGCUGACGGGCGCGAAACGUGGCUUCGAAACCCUCAACAAGCUCUCUGCCGAAGAGUCAUUCUCGGUGGGCUCACACGAACGGUGGGUGGCCGGCGUGAGGAAUGGCCUCAAGUCGUGCAUUGCCGCGGGCAUUGCCAUUCAGACGGUGCAGAAGGCACUGGCGGGCACGGGUACGCAAUCAGGAGUAGGGCCGAUGAAAGACGUCGCACUGGGCUUGACCGUUGAGGUUCCCACACCGGAUAAGACAUACCACCCGUCCUGGAUUGUACCUAGAGUAACAUUUAUACCCAAUUGA